AUGGGGGUCUCAACCCCCACCAUGAGCAGUUGGCACCGGGAAAAGUGGACAAAGUUCCAGUUAGAUUUUCUGCGUUUAGAAAGCCCUGCAACUGAGAAGGCGCCGGAAAUUAUGCUGGAAGCUGCACAUGAGGAAUGGAUCCCAUCUGUGUUUGAAGUGUGGGAACUCGUUUCGUGGCUGUGGAGCUUUGCCAAACAUCUCUGGAGCCACCCUGGACUGAAGCCCUACAAAUGUGGAGAGUGUGGGAAGCAUUUUGCUAAAAGGCUGGGACAUCGGAGCUCCUUAGCAAAAUCUUUUGUUCGAAAAAGAAGUGUCAAAAUCCACAGGAAAAUUCACAUGGAAAUAAAACCUUAUAAAUGCUUCGUGUGUGGAAAAUGUUUCACUCGGAAUUCAUCUCUUUGCAAACAUACUAAAACACACAAAGAGGAGGAAAGCAGAACGUGCCUAAAAUGUGGGAAAUGUUUUUCCACGAAAUCAUCCCUGCAACGACAUCAGACAGUCCACACUGGAGAAAGACCCCAUGAAUGCCCACAAUGUGAGAAACGAUUUGGGAGUCCUUCCGCACUUUGGAGUCACCAAAAGACACACACGGGAGAAAAACCUUAUAAAUGUAACGAUUGUGAGAAAUGUUUUGCUCUAAAGGAAAAUCUUUUUCGACAUCAGACUAUCCACACAGGGAAGAAGCCCUAUCAGUGCAUCGAGUGUGGAAAAUCUUUUGGUACGAUAUCAAGCUUCGGACAUCAUAAGAAAAUUCACAGAGGGGAAAAAAAAUUCAAAUGUUUAGACUGUGGGAGAGCAUUUAUUCGUUCAUCUCAUCUUAGAAGACACUGGCAAGUCCAUAUAGGAGAGAAGCCCCAUAAAUGCUCGGAGUGCGAUAAAUGUUUUUCUACGAAAAAUAGACUUUUGAUACAUCAGAGAACCCACAGUGGAGAGAAACCAUAUAAAUGUCCGGAGUGUGGGAAGUCUUUUCCUUGCGAAGAAUAUCUUAAAAAACACCAGACGAUUCACACAGGAAAAAAACGUAUCAGGUCUGUGCAGAAAAAUAAAAUGUGCUCAGAAUGUGGGAGAUGUUUCUCCCAAAGGACACACCUAAUUCGACACGAGAGAGUUCACACUGGAGACAGGCCCUAUCAAUGCCCAGAAUGCGACAAGCGAUUUUUGGAUUCUCCUGAACUCCGGAGACACCAGAAGGCGCACACAGGAGAGAAACCCUAUAAAUGUGGGGAGUGUGCGAAAGGUUUUCUCACAGCAACACAGCUUCGGGUUCAUGAGAGAAUCCACACAGGGGAGAAGCCGUACAAAUGUUUGGAGUGUGGCAAAUGCUUCUCCCGGAAAGAACACCUUGGACGUCAUGAAAAGGUCCAUACAGGAGUGAACCUCAUAGAGCGUAGAAAUGUUUUGCUCAAAGGGGAGACAUCAGAAGAAUCAGCGUACAGGAGAGUAAAGAAACGGUUUGUGGAGUCUGCUCAACUCCUGAGACACCAGAGGGGGCACACAGGGGAGAAGCCCUAUAAAUGUGGGGAGUGUGCGAAGUGUUUUCUCACAGCAACACUGCUUCGGGUUCACGAGAGAACCCACACGGGGGAGAAGCCCUUUCCCAAACAUCUCCAGAGCCACCCCGGACUGAAGCCCUACAAAUGUGGAGAGUGUGGGAAGCAUUUUGCUAAAGGCUGGGACAUCGGAGCUCCUUAG